UCUGCCAGUCAUUGUCUAGCUCUACUAUCACGCAAGUGACGCCCUAGUUUCUGCAGGUGCAACACUGGGUACUACUGCAACGGAGCUCCAGAUAAAACAGUCAAUUCACGAUGGCCUCAGCAACAGCCACCUAUGGACAGAAGGAGUCCUCCGACCAGAACUUCGACUACAUGUUCAAGAUCCUGAUCAUUGGCAACAGCAGUGUGGGUAAAACCUCCUUCCUGUUUCGCUAUGCUGAUGACUCCUUCACGCCGGCUUUCGUCAGCACGGUGGGCAUCGACUUCAAGGUGAAGACCAUCUACAGGAACGACAAAAGGAUAAAGCUGCAGAUCUGGGAUACUGCCGGACAGGAGCGCUACAGGACCAUCACCACGGCCUACUACAGAGGAGCCAUGGGCUUCAUCCUCAUGUAUGACAUCACCAACGAGGACUCCUUCAACGCUGUGCAGGACUGGUCCACCCAGAUCAAGACGUACUCCUGGGACAAUGCCCAGGUCCUGCUGGUGGGAAACAAGUGUGACAUGGAAGACGAGAGGGUGGUGGCAGCAGACAGGGGCCGGCAGCUCUCUGACCAACUGGGCUUUGAGUACUUUGAGUGCAGUGCCAAGGACAACAUCAACGUCAAGCAGACGUUUGAGCGGCUGGUGGACAUCAUCUGUGAGAAGAUGUCGGAGAGCUUAGACAACGCUGACCCCGCCGUCACAGGGGCCAAACAGGGGCCCCAGCUCACCGAGCAGCCCGAACGCCCCCACCAGGACUGUGCUUGCUAAACACCCACUACACACGUACCACACACACCUGACCCCUCACACACCCCUUCCUACAGCCUCCUCAGCUGGUGGAAGAGGUCUGUGAUGGGUUUGUGUUUUAGAUGGAAGAGCCUGGCUGAAAACUCCGUUAUUCCAUAUUUCAGUCCUCCGUCCAUCCAUAGGUGUUUAGAGUCCAAAGUUCACAUUCUGACUCCUCUUACUGUGGCCUCGAACCUGAAGGGAUUUCAUGUAUUUUUUCGAAGGGCCACAUUGCUGAUUAUCUGUUUUGUUGUUGUUUUUCUCGAUGUCCUCGAUUAGCUGGUUAACAAUCAAAUCCAUUUAAGUGGCGUGAGUGAGGUAUGUUCUAAGUCCACAUUUUGGAUAACAAAUAUUUUUGAGAUUUGUUUUUUCAAACAUAUCUGACCAAAAUCCCAUGCAUAUCGGUUAUCAGUCAUGGUCAUUUCCUAAUAUUCUAUCAUUGCUGGAUUUAAGAAAAAGAGAACUUGAUGAUGUGGUAAGUACUGGUCCCUGUCCCAGUUUUUUUUUUUUUUUUUCCUGUCCCUCUUUUGUUUUUUUUAGCAAACCUAGAAAAGUGUCUUUAAGUAGAAGAGUAUAUAUAAAUGUUCAACUUCGUAAUAUAAUAAAUAUGCAUUUUAGAAUUCAAAAAUAUAUAAACAAAUGGUGUAAAAUUACAAUUUAAGGUGUAAAAAUAUCUGUGCUUUGUGAGAGGUGCAUGCUGUUUUUUGUGUUUUUUUUACCAUGGAACAUCUAAGAGCUGUUGGACACGUCCCACUGAAUCAAACUGUCUUGUUUGUUUCGCUGUUAGGGUCGUGUGAACAACAAUUGAAAAUGUAGCUUCUUAUUCCUUGUCAGUGUGCAUCACUGCUAUUCUACAGUACAAUCGCCUCUAAUGUGUAUAACACGAGCACACACACACACAGUCAGGACAACACUGGGCUACUGCACCCAUAUACUACAACACUGACCAAUGUUAACAUCACGUUCCAAUCUCUUUCCCAUAGUCCGUUUGACUUUUUUAUUUAUUUUUGUUUGUUUUUGCAUGUUCGAUGUCAUGUUUGUGAUUUUUUUUUUUCUGUUUCAGUGUAGAGAUAAUUGCUUGUUGGUAUAUACAUGAGGAUAACGUAGUCAAUGAAAUGCACUCAGGCACAUUAAGGUAUUUGGUCAGUUAUGUCACGACCAUCUAUAUUUACACACAGUAUUAUGUCUUAUUUUUUUUAGAUGAGGUUCUUCAUUGGGUUGACAUACUCCUGCCCGAAAACACUUACAUUCCACUGUAUGUUCUCCUGAUUAUGUACAAGCUGUUUCAAGGAACUGCUUUUACUUCCAUUUUCCAUGUUUCUAAACCAACUGAACCUUUUAGGGUGGGUGUAGUACCAGUGUGAAUACUGUAUUACUCUCAGAGAAAUACUGUGUCAUUGGCCAGCCUGGUUCUCCAAUAUUAACUGCCAACAAACCUGCUAAAGGUCAUGUCUGUUACAAAUACUGUUUGUGUUUAGUCUUAAGGCAGCUUUGCUUUAAUGUUUUUUCGAAAGAUGUCCCAAUUAGACUAUCAAGUCCAAAAUGACACCCACUGGCACAAGACUUGUUUGACAUGUUUUUGGAGCUGCACUGAGUAAAAGGCCUGUAGUACUGUAGUACAAGAAAAGCAUUUGGUAUGUAUGCCUACUCCCUGUGGCAGUUUCCAAUAAGGGAGAAGUGUGUAAAGUAUAAUCAGCACUUUUUUAUUUAACUUAGCAAGUCAGUUAAGAAAAAAUUAUUAGUUACAAUGACGGCCUACCGGGGAAAAGUGGGUUAACUGCCUUUUUCAGGGGCAAAACGACAUUUUUACCUUGUCAGCUCGGGGAUUCGAUUACUGGCCCAGCUCGGGAUUUGGUUACGCCCAACGCUCUAGCUACUCGGCAACCUGCCACCUCUAAUCACUUCCUAUUAAACAACUUUAGUUUUCUUUGAUUUUGUGUUUUGCUGUAAACUUGCCUCUGACUUAGGUAUGUGUCCAAUACAGCUUUUUUAGCUCUCCUCCCUUACUUCCCCCUGUAAAUAAGUCUUGAAUUGUGCUGUAAUACUGUAACUCCAGGUUUGCUAAAACCAAGGAAUUAAUAAACUAAAUAUAAAAGCAG